AUGUUUUAAUUGUUGCUUCGCUAUUGGAUAUUCUUCUUCUUUGCCAUUGUGGCCUAUGGUGAUCCACACACAAAUGUGUGGUUUGGAUAUUUACCGGUUACGUGUGUGUGUGUGUAAAAGCGUGCGAACUCGUUCAAAUUAGAAAAGAGUGUUGCUACUCUACUCAGAGACUGUGUUUAGUUUAUGUGUGUGUGUGCCUAACGGAAUAGUAACAUCACAAUACGAAUACCGAUCGGCAAAAGAGUUGCUAGCUCGUUGAACUAAUGCAACAAAUGUAAAAAAUUAGAAUACGCGAAUAAUAACAAAGUGCAUGGAUUAACUAAGUAUUGCAAAAUUUAAUACUAAAGUUUCUAACAGCCAUGUGGAUAUGAAAACUUACGAGUUUAUUACAAAAGACACAAUCACCACUUAAAUAUGUAUGAAAAACAAAAAUCAUAACUUUCAUAUAACAUCUGUAUAACAAUACAAAGUGUUGUAUUGCAAAAAUCAACUUUUAUAAAGAAAAAGUGAUCACUACUCAACGAAGGCUUCUUAGCGCCAUCAACAAUGUCUUCAACGUCAUCUAUACCAACAGCAUCAAUUUCAUGGUCACCAGUGCCAAUUUUUAACAGAAUUUUUACCAAACAUUUUCGGCGAAAAUCUCAAGAACGCACCAUGUCUAAUAUCACCAUUGCCCGCCACUGCAACAGUUUCAGCAAAAGUGGAUUUAUGCCAGUGUAUACGUUAAUAAUCUUCAUUAUUUUAAGUACAUUAGUGAAUAAGAUUUCUGCCAUUGGUAACUUUGAAUUAGAGAUAUUAGAAAUUUCAAAUACAAAUAACCAUUUACUCUCCGGUUAUUGCUGUGGUGUUCCUUUAGAAGUAAGAAGUACAAAAACAACGGGGUGUCCACCUUGUUCAACGGCAUUUCGUUUAUGCCUGAAGGAGUACUCUGCCGCUGAUCAAGGUAUUCCAAGUAUAUCGACAGGCUGUUCAUUUGGCCAGAAUACAACUGGAAUAUUGGGUGGCUCAAGUUUUGUGCUAAGUGAUCCUGCCCGAGGUGCCAUAGUUUUGCCCUUUACAUUUCGAUGGACGAAAUCGUUUACCUUAAUACUACAGGCGUUGGACAUGUAUAAUGUAUCCUAUCCAGACUCCGAGAGGUUAAUUGAGGAGACAUCAUUUGCAAGCGUGAUUUUACCCUCACCCGAGUGGAAGACUUUGGAUCAUAUUGGACGCAAUGCCCGCAUUACCUAUCGUGUCAGAGUUCAGUGUGCAGCUACCUACUACAAUACCACCUGUACGACAUUUUGUCGCCCUCGCAAUGAUCACUUUGGCCAUUACAAUUGUGGCUCGGAGGGCCAAAAGAUUUGUCUCAACGGCUGGAUGGGUGAUAAUUGCGAGAAGGCUGUAUGCAAACCCGGUUGUGAUCCGGUGCAUGGUAAAUGCGACAAGCCGGGGGAGUGUGUUUGUCGUCCUGGCUGGCAAGGACCCCUAUGCAAUGAAUGUGUGGUAUAUCCCGGCUGUAAACAUGGUUCAUGUUAUGGCGAAGCCUGGAAAUGCAAGUGUGAUACAAAUUGGGGAGGCAUUUUGUGUGACCAAGAUUUGAAUUACUGCGGCACCCAUGAACCCUGCAAACAUGGCGGCACUUGUGAAAAUACCGCACCUGAUAGAUUUCGUUGCACUUGCGCUGAGGGUUUGUCUGGGGAACGCUGUGAAAUUAUAGAACAUCCAUGUGCUACACAACCAUGCAAGAAUGGUGGAUCAUGUACGGUUAAGGAGUCAUUUUUGCGCCAAAAUACUACAUUGCCUCCAUUUCGUGUCAUGCGUGGCAUGAGCUCGUCCAUGGGAAAACCUGUUAAUCGCCGAAAUUUACCAUUAUUAACCAGUAAUGCAUCAACGUUGAGCAGUAGUUCAAGUAAUCAUCAACAAAUGCCACCAGUCUCAGAAUUUACCUGCGCCUGUGCAUUGGGUUGGACUGGACCAACAUGUGAAAUAAAUAUCGAUGAGUGUGCUGGUGGCCCUUGCGAACAUGGUGGCACUUGUAUUGAUCUAAUCGGUGGUUUCCGUUGUGAGUGUCCACCCCAGUGGACAGGCGAUGUAUGUCAAAUGGAUGUGAAUGAAUGCGAAAUCGCCUAUCCGCCCAAAACUCCAGACAAUCCAACAUCAACAGCCGCCGUUACGGCUGCCAUUGCCCAUUCAAGUUCACCAUCAUUAGCUUUGAUUGCUGCCUUGAAUGCAGCCUCUUCAACGUUGGCGGCAGCUGCAAAUGCCUCGGCAUCGGCAAAAGCCAUGGCCACCAUGGGUGCAUGUGUGAAUGCCAAACAAUGCAUUAAUCUGCCCGGUUCAUUUCAAUGCGUUUGCCAUGAGGGCUGGGGCGGACCAACGUGUGCAAAGAAUUUCGAUGAUUGCGUGGGCCAGUGUCAGAAUGGUGCGACAUGCAUGGAUUUGGUGAAUGACUAUCAUUGCGCAUGUGCAACUGGUUUUGAAGGCCGCCAUUGUGAGACUGAUAUUGACGAGUGUGCUAAUACACCAUGUCGUAAUGGUGGCGAAUGUGUUGACAUGAUUGGUAAAUUUAAUUGCAUUUGUCCAUUGGGAUAUUCGGGUCCCCUAUGUGAGAAGGCUAAUGACUAUUGUUCUCCUUCUCCUUGUUUGGAAGGACACUGCAUCAAUACACCGGGCAGCUAUUAUUGUCAUUGUCCACCAGGCAGAACAGGAAAGCAUUGCGAGCAACUGCUUGCUCACAACAAUCAAUCCCAAUGCAAUGGUAAAUCCUGCUCAAAAGAGUCAACCACCUCAAGUUGCCAUCCAGGUCAAUGUCAAAAUGGUGGCACCUGUGUGGCGAGUUCCUCUGCAAAAGCUUCAACUGCCAAGUGUCAUUGUGUGGCUGGAUGGACGGGAGCUUAUUGCUCUGACCCUGAGGAUCAGUGCCAUGGCCAACCUUGUCACAAUGGAGCCACAUGCGAAUCUGGUUCAGGUUGGUUUCGGUGUGUCUGCGCCAAAGGUUUCUCCGGCCCAGAUUGUCGCAUAAAUGUCAAUGAGUGUUCACCGCACCCAUGUGAGGGAGGUGGCACCUGUGUCGAUGGCAUAGGCAGUUAUACGUGUGUGUGUCCGCCUGAACGGCAUGGCACGAAAUGUGAAUUAGUUCACUCCGACUCAAAAUCUGCCAUAAUCGAAGUCAAGGUGGAGACUGGUGGCAAAAACUAUUUGCUCAUAGCCAUUCUGUGUGGCAUUUUCAUUGUCCUGGUGAUUUUGGCCAUAUUUCUAAGUCUAUUCUGGCGUCAACGCAUUGUGGCCACUUCAACAUCAGGCAUCAGUUUGUCUCCCUCAAUCGAUUCUUCCCGUCUGGAUCCUGAAAAAUCCAAUAAUUUACAAAAUGAAGAAAAUCUGCGGCGUUAUAUGAAUCCCCUUAAAGGUAGCACCUCCUCUUUGGAUCGAGUCAAUGAGAAAAAUCUAAAUUUCAACCCAGAUCCUGAAAUGUCCACAAUUGGAAAUCUAGCAACUGCCUCAUCAUCCACAUCGGGGGUUCAUCGAUCUCAACCCUUGUAUACGGAAUCAAAUUUUGAUUACUCGCUCGAUGAGACGGCGAAAUCGAAGCAAGAUGUUACACCCUCCAAGCGUAGUUCACAAAUUUUGCUGCACAAAAUGGAUAAUAAUGAUAUGAAACGCAACACUGUCUAUAGAUAGUCCACCGUUGUUAUUGUCUAUGUUUAGUGAGAGGGGGGUUUCCAAAAAAAAGCAUCUCAAAUGACUUUAUCACCCAAGGUGAUAGAAUCAAAGCCUUCGGCUGUGUUAUUGCAAAAGUUAGACAUUCUUUUGUUUCGAAAGGGGAUUUUGGGUUGGUUGUAAGAUAUUGAGAAUUGUCGUCACUUUGGCCGCCAGCAGUGAAAUACUCAGGGGAAAGAUCAUCAACAUCGCCAAAUUGUUUUAAUUGUACAGCAUUAUGACCAUUAUCAUCUUAAGACUGAGACAAUUUAGAUGAAUUGUUAUUUAAAGUAGAUUUUAGCCUCUAAGAAUUUGUUAAUAGCCUUGUAUGUAUGUGUAUGUAAUUUAUAUGUAUUAGUUGAUCGAAUGUAUAAAAUUAAUGCUGGGGCAUUUAAGC